AUGCAGUUCAAGUCCAUCAUCGUUGCCCUCGCCACGGCCUCCAACGCCGUCAACGCCCUGGCCAUCCCCGAGGGCACCGCCCUGGAGCCCAGGGAUGACAGGGUCGACGGCCUGCCUGUGGCCACCGUCAGGGGCAACGCCAAAAGCCCUAGGCCCCACUUCAAGAGGUACAAGGGUGUCGCGCUCUCUGCCGCGCUCUCGGCCCGUUCGCCGGCCCCCGAGCCGCAAAACAACGGCGGUGACGGCGGGAAGGGCGGCGACGGCAAGGGCAAGGGCGGCGGCGGCGGUAACGACUGCAAGGCGGCCCGAGAUCUCGCAAAGGGCAUCCAGAAGAACAUCAAGGAUCAAGAGGGCGAGCUCAAGACGGCCAACGAGAUCAGGGAGAUUGUGGGCCGGAACACGGUCAACGAGCAGGAGUUCAAGACGGCAAAGGAGAAGCUGCUGGGCUUUGUCAAGGCCGGCAUCACGCAGCGCGAGGAGAACCAAAAGAAGGCGCCCAAGGGCAACGCUGCUAUCCCCGGGCUUGAAGAGGUCGCCAAGGCGCAAAAGCAGGAGCUCGAGCAGGCAGAGGGCCUCAAGGGCAACUCGCAGGAUUUGGCUACUUUGAUCAAGAUGAAGAAGGAGUUUGAGGAUGGAAUCAAGCUCAACGAGCAGAACAAGAAGGACGCUGUCAAGGGUUGCAAGAAGUAAGCUGUUGGAUCUAGAAUAAUUGUUUUUUUAUUUCUUCCGGGACAGAAUGGCGUUUGUGGGCUGGGGACAUGAAGCAUUUUCUGGAAAGAGUUCUUUUUGGGUAUACACGGU